CCAGGAGAUCUCCCCUGUGUGUUCCGCAUCAACUGCGACACAGGUGCCUCUCUUGAAACAGCUGGUCUGCCUAUCAUCGAACAAUACUCAGUGGGAUCGGUUGGUGGUUGUUUCCUGGGCCCCCAGAUCCAUAAAUAUCAACAAGCAGUUCCUGAGCUUAGCAGUUGGUCUCCGCUACCCCAGGAUGACUGCCGGCCUACCGGUCCGGGUUCCGAUGUCGCUUUGCAACGCUAUCCUUGGGAUUCUCCAGCGAUCUCCACGCUGGGAUAUUCUGGGCCCAACAAUGUCUAUCCAGUGUCAUUCCGGGUUGUUAUGACGGUAAUCCUAGUUUUUUACAUCAUGAUUCAACCACUGAUGUUUGGUUUCGGGUUCUCUGGCUCGUAUUGGAGGAAGUUGUUGACUAGAUUCGGAGCUGU